AUUUGUUUAAGAACACGACUUGGGGUUUGAAGUGUUUGAGCAACUUGCUGCUGCCCAAGUCAUGACACUCCCAUUUCGAAAGGACUUGGACAAGUACAAAGAUCUCGAUGAGGAUGAAAUUCUUGGCAAACUUUCGGAAGAAGAACUGAAACAACUGGAAACCGUUUUGGAUGAUCUUGACCCUGAGAACGCGCUCCUGCCUGCAGGCUUCCGACAGAAAGACCAGACUGCUAAAAAGGCUUCAGGCCCCUUCGACAGGGAGCGACUCCUCGCCUAUUUGGAGAAGCAGGCUCUUGAGCACAAAGACAGGGAAGACUAUGUGCCUUUUACGAGGGAAAAGAAAG